UCCCUUUCUACAACCCGCUCGCCGGAAUUCGGAGAAUCUGAAGUCGGCAUCAGGUUUUCCAGAGAAGGAAGACAGGUACUACACCACGAGAGGGUCAGUGGCUGGGUUGGGGUUGGGGUUGGGGUUGGAUGAGAAUGGAAAGGCCGGUGGUUCGAUUAUGAUGGAUGGAGGAGAGAGAGUUGGUGGUAGUGGCGGGGAUGAAAACAGAGGAGAGAUUGUUUGGCCGAAGCUGUAUAUAAGUUUGUCGAGUAAAGAGAAAGAGGAGGAUUUUAUGGCCAUCAAAGGCUGUAAACCUCCUCAGAGGCCCAAGAAAAGGGCCAAAAUCAUCCAAAGAACAUUACUUUUGGUGAGUCCAGGGGCAUGGUUGUCAGAGAUGUGCCAAGAGAGGUAUGAAGUAAGAGAGAAGAAGAGUUCUAAGAAGAGACCGAGGGGAUUGAAGGCCAUGGGAACCAGCAUGGAGAGCGAUUCAGAAUGAAUGAGAGUGAGAAGGUUGGGGGCUUUCUUUUGGAUUCUCUCUCUUUUUUUUUUUUCACUUUUCUUUUGGUUGGGUUGGGUUUUUUUUUUUUUUUUUUUUUUUUUUUUUUUUGGAAAAUGGGGGAGAGGUAGUGGUAAGAGAGAGAGAGAGAGAGAGAGAGGGGUUAUUAUACCCAACCGCCCAUCAGCCUCCAAUGUCUUUGUAUACAAAGUAGUAAGUUUUUGGUUGAUAAUUGUGAAUUCAAUUUUUUAAUUUAUAUAGAUUAACCCUUCUAUUAUUAGUA